AUGCUGAAUAUCCUGAACAUCCCAAACAUCCUAGAUAUUACAAACAUCCUAAAUAUCCUAAACAUUUCUGACGGUCCAAACAUUGUAAAAUAUCCUCAACAUCCUAAACAUCUUAAAUAUGCUCAACAUUUUAGACAGUCCAAAUAUUCGAAAUAUCCUGAAUAUCCUAAAAGUCCUGAAUAUCCUCAACAUCCUAAACAUCCUAGAUAUCAUAGACAUCCUACAUAUUCCGAACGUUUUAGACGGUCCAAAUAUUCUAAAGAUUCUCAACAUCCUAAACAUCCAGAAUAUCCUCAACAUCGUGAACAUCCUAAAAAUCCUAAAUACCGCGAACAUUUUAGACGGGCCAAAUCUUCUAAAUAUCCUAAACAUCCUAAACAUCCGGAACAUAUUAAACAUUUUGGACGCUCCAAAUAUUCUAAAUAUCAUGAAUAUCGCAAAUAUCCUGACUAUCAUAAAUAUCCUCCACAUCCUAAACAUCCUGAAUAUCCUUAA